AUGGUGGCAACCACCUGGUGCUGGCUCUACCCAGGAGCUACUCAGGACUGGGCCCUGGUCCAUAGCUGCCGUGUUGGAGCAACAGAGAGCUGUAGGGAAGAGGUGGAAGGGAACUGGAAGGAUGUAAGUGGCCAUUGCAAAGAGGCCAUCGGUGUCUGUCACAUUCUCAUAGCCUCUGAGGGACCCUUCCGACGGUGCCACCAUCGACUGACUCCCCAAGGCUAUUUUCAAGACUGCAUUCGAGAUGCAUGCCUCAUUCCUAGCAGAGGGGCCUGCCCAAUCAUUGGGGACUAUGUUGCUGCCUGCCAGGAGGAAGGGGUUCUCAUCUAUCCGUGGAGGACCCCAGACUUUUGCCGCCCUUCAUGCCCUGUUCACUCCCACUAUGAGCUGUGUGGACCAGCUUGCCCGCUCACCUGUGAGAGCCUCUCAGGACCUGCAGGUUGCCAGACGGGACGAUGUCGAGAGGGCUGUGUGUGUGAUCCUGGCUUUGUGCUCAGCGGGACAGCCUGUGUGCCCCCAAGUCAGUGUGGCUGCCUCUUCUCUGGCCGGUACUACAAACCAGGCCUCCGGAUCCCAGGAAUUUGGGGGGAGCCAUGCAGAGGCCCCUGCAUCUGCCAGCCUGGAGGCCAGGUGUUCUGCCCCUGCAUGCCUCCCGAGGACACCCUUGCCCCUGGGCUCUCGGGCCCAGGGCUCUGCCUGGUCUCUGGAGGUCCUCAUUGUCGAACUUUUGAUGGUGCCACCUUCCAUCUCCGCGGGCAUUGCUCCUAUGCCAUGGCUGGUACAACCCCUGCCUGCCCAGAGGAUAUCCCACAUUUUUCAGUGUUGGUGGAUAAUAGUGGAUACAGAGCUGCUGUGAACCGUAUCACCCUCACAACUGCUGGACACCACUUUGGCCUCGAUCGAAGGGACUGGGGCUAUGUCACGGUGGACGGAGUUCGAUGCUGUCUUCCAUUUGGGCUUCCUGGAGGUGGGGUCCGAGCCUUCAUGCAGGGGGCAUCAAUGGUGCUGGUGGCCCAGGGAGGGCCUCGCCUGCUGCUCAGCAGGGGCCCCCACCUCAGCCUGACACUGCCCGAGACCUAUCAAGGCUAUACCAUAGGGCUGUGUGGGAAUUACAAUGGUAACAGUGCGGAUGACCUAAUGUCCUUGACCCCAGAAUCUGGCCUUCAACCCUGUCCUCUGCCCCAGCCCUGCCCCAGCCCCAGCUGCCCCACUGUGGGGAAGGCUGCAAGUGCCCCAUUCCGGGGGCCUAACUCCUGUGGGCUCCUGCUGUUAGCUGAGGGCCCUUUUGCCCCUUGCCACAGGAUUUUGCCCCCCGAACCCUUCUUCCAGAGCUGCGUGGCCGAUGCCAUCCGUAGCCGGGGGAACCACAAUGCACUGUGCCGCUCUCUCAGGAGCUACAUGGCUGCCUGUCAGGAGGCCGGUGCCCGUGUGCUGCCCUGGAGGAGCCAACGGCUCUGCCCUAUGUACUGCCCUAGACAUAGUCACUACAGUCUGUGUGCAGACCCCUGUCCAGCUGCCUGCCCAGGCGUCCAAGCCAUCGUCCGGAUCCCACCCCGAUGCUCCGAAGGCUGCCAGUGUGACCCCGGCUUCUUCCCAGCUGCAGGGACCUGCGUCCCCCUGAAGAACUGCCCCUGCUUUCGCCAGGGCCUCUACUUUCCGCCUGGCCAGCCUGUCCUCACUGACCACUGCACUUCUGCCUGCUCCUGCCAGCCGGGGGAGGGUGUGACCUGUGCCCCACACCAGUGCCCUGAGGGGCACAUUUGCAUCAUCAGCAGCGGGGUCCUCAGCUGUCUUGGGCCAGGUGACCUGAAUGCUCUUACCCCUUAGGGAGCCCAAAGGGGCUGAGCUCUCGGGGGCCGGAGGGCGUG